AUGUGGUGGUACGGAAAGACGGUCGCCGUCGCGGUCUCCCUGUUGUGGAUGACGCGCUGUGAGGCCCUGAGCACUUUCGGGGUGUCAAACACCAAGCCGCCGGCCCCAGCGACCCCCAGACCUCCGCCUGAUACACCCGUACAGUUAUCGUUUGAACGUUUUAAGUAUUCCAAUGCGGCAAAGGUCAAUAAUCAUUCUGCUCCUAGCUGCAUCAUUGACUGGAUAUUGCGAUGGAACUUUCAGACCCAUUUUCGGAGUAAUAAGACCAGACACAACGGUCCA